AUGGGUUUCAAGGGAACCAAGGCGGAGAAGAAGCAGGCGUACGACAAGAAGGUGUCGCUGAUGCUGGAGGAGUACUCCAAGGCGCUGAUCUGCAAGGCGGACAACGUGGGGUCGAAGCAGAUGCAGAACAUCCGCAGCGGGCUGCGCCCCGACUCCGUGGUGCUCAUGGGCAAGAACACGCUGCUCAAGCGCACCAUCCGCAUGUACUGCGAGCGCACCGGCAACACCGCGUGGAACGGGCUGCUGCCGCUGCUCGUGGGCAACGUGGGGCUCAUCUUCACCAAGGGCGACCUCAAGGAGGUCCGCGAGGAGAUCGGCAAGUACAAGGUCGGCGCGCCUGCGCGUGUGGGUCUGGUUGCGCCCAUCGACGUGGUGGUGCCACCUGGCAACACGGGACUGGAUCCCUCGCAGACUAACUUCUUCCAGGUGCUCAACAUUCCCACCAAGAUUAACAAGGGAACGGUCGAAAUCGUCGCGCCCGUGGAGCUGAUCCGCGCGGGCGAGAAGGUCGGCUCGUCCGAGGCGGCGCUGCUGUCGAAGCUGGGCAUCCGCCCCUUCUCGUACGGGCUCGUUGUGGACCAGGUGUUCGAUGACGGUUCCACCUUCCACCCCUCGGUCCUGGACAUGUCAGAGGACGACCUGCUGGGCCACUUCGCCUCGGGUGUGGCCAACGUGGCCGCCAUCUCCCUCGGCGCCGACUACCCCACGCUCGCCGCCGUGCCGCACGUGUUUGCCAACUCGUACAAGAACGUCAUCGCUGUUGCGCUUGCUUUGGACGACUACUCGUUCCCGCUCGCUGACAAGUGCUGCCUUGCACGCACCUGCUGGGUGCCCACUGGCUGGGUGCCUGGUUACUCGUCCCCACACUCGUGCCAUCUCCCUCGGUGCCGACUACCCCACGCUCGCCGCUCUGCCGUGCCGCACGUGUUUGCCAACUCGUACAAGAACGUCAUCGCCGUUGCGCUCGCUCUCGAUGACGUCAAGGAGAUCCUCGCAGUGAGUCUAUUGCUCCUCCUCUUACCUCUCUGUACCUCAUUCCACACCCUUGCUCUCGACGACUACUCCUUCCCCCUGGCCGACAAGGUCAAGGAGAUUCUUGCGGUGAGUCCUCUUCCUUCCUCUCCUCACUAA